AUGUUUUUCCCGGUGUUUCUUCCCCUCAUUGCUCUCCUGCUGUCAUCACCUAUCAAUGCAACCGAGCAACCACAAAAGACUCUGGUGGCUACCCAGACGCAGGAACCCAACCCCACCAUCACGGCCAGUGUGAAGUCAAUCUUCAGUUCCCUUAGCGGCGAUCAGAGCACGACAUUUGAUGCCAAGUCGUUUUCUGGCUGUUGUGAUCCGACCUGCGCCUUAGGAUUAUGCAAUGGCAUCUAUCCAUUCGACACGACACCUCCUCCUGACGCUGCUCGCACGGGAACAGCUUCGCCUGCCAUUGCCACGGAAACUUGCUGUUCCGCAGGCUGUCCCGAUGGCUUCUGCCGAGGCUUCGAGCGCUGGAGACAUGGGUGGCCUAUUGCAGCCUGCGUUGGUCGAAGCUGCGCUGUGCCCACUGGCCAAAGAUGGAGCCAUUGGACAGCCAUUGAUCGCGCUGAACCUGUUGUUACAUGUGUGGGCCGUACUUGUUUUCCAGGCACCAACGGUCCCUUUAUGACUAUCUUUAAAGCUGCCGAUUCUGGCGCCAGUCACACCGCCAAGCCUACCGAUACCCCUUCACCAAAUGCCAACGCUGCCGAAACGGACCCAACCCGGCAAUUCUAUGCUGCGGAGCUCGCCGGUCAGGAUCAGGACACUCUUCCAAUCAUCGUUGAGAACAAUGCCAAAGAGCCCGUCACGCUGCUGGCAGACAUCGACCUGGCGCUGAUCGAGAAUUACAUCUCAUCCGGCAUGCUGUCGGCUUUGGGCAUCUCGCCGACCUCGUCCGAACUCAGCCCCAUCGCAAAGGAAGAUCAACGACCCGCCGCCCUAGGCACGCCCGCUUUCAAGGUCACACCAGAGUCGAAAAUUACACUGAACUUGCUCGUCGGACCUGCAGGGCAGCUCAAACAGUUUGCAGAUGUCGAGUUCAACGUCUUCGACCUACCUCCGGUCUCUGAAAGGGGAGGAGUGCCCUGGGAGCCGGAGGCUUUUUUGGGUUUGACUUUCCUGCGUGAGGCGUCGGCUUUGAGACUCACGGAUGGGUUUGCAGGGCAUGCGGCGCUUGAAGGGUUACCCGUGCUCGUCAGAGACAUCCAGGGCGCGCCUGUGGUAGAGGAUAGUGAUAGUAAAGAGGUGGAAAAUGGGAGGAGGAAGGACGAAUUGUGA